CUCCCUCGGCCUUUCAUUUGUGCAUGCUGCUGCAUGUGCGAGCCACGGGAGCGCACUCAAAUAUACUUCGUGUGUCUUUCCCGACAAAAAAUAGGCGGAGCAAUAGUCUGAACACGCGAGAAGUGGAUGUUUCCACCUCGUUUCCACUACUGCUCCACAUCUGUCCGCUUCCACACUGGAUCUCCUGUUCUCGUGUCCGCGUCCUGCCUGAUUUGGCAAGCUCACUGGUGGUAGAAGAGUAAGCACACCUUCCGGCAAGUCCGACGAGAGGAAGGAUGAGCAGCCCCCGAGAGCCGGGAGACGCGGUCGCGGCAGCAGACGUGGUGCCUUCAGUGAAAGAGAUUCUGGACAUGGUGGCUGUCGAAGCAGGGCUGCUAGGUAGUGCCUUUUACGAUGAAACCACGCCAGACGAAGAAGAAGCUGCGCGGGAUGUGGCCAAGGUGAUGUCGGUUGUAAGGCCACUUCUCGAGAGUUACCAGCACCGCCACGAGGAGCUCGCCGGGUUGCUGACUGCGUCGCAGGCGAGCGCGGCGUCCGCCACCGCUGAUGCCAGAGAGCUGUCCCGGGAUCACCUGAAGACGUUUGGGCGGCUCGAAGAGGGCUGCGCCGGGCUUCGUCAAAAGUUAGACGUUGCUGCUGCCACUGCUGCAGCAGCAGAGGCAGCCAACAGUCUUUCCGGUACGAACAUUCCGGAACAGCGAGGCAGCGGCGUCAGCAGCCUCAGCAGGGCUGAGGUCGCCACCCAGCGACGGCUAGCCGCGGUGUCGGAGGCCGAUACCCUUGCCGCGCGCUACCGCUCUCUCGUUCAGCGGAGGCGACGCAUGCGCUCGGCGCUCCGCGUGCUGGAAGUGUCUGAGAAGGGUAGGGCUGCCCUUGAGGCCGGAGCGGAAAGUCGGGGGCAACUCGGAGCAAGAGCCGAAGAAACCAUGAAGGCAAUCGAGUGUCUCCGCGGCCUGCUUGGGGAGUUCCGUGGCAGCAGCAGCGACGGCGCAAGAUCGCCAUCACCGGCAGCGGCAGCCUCAGCUGCGGCUGGGCGAGGGGAUGGCGACAAGCACGAUGGUGCCGGUGGUGGCGGGGCGACGACAGCGGCGUACGGUGAGCUCGCGAGGGUGACCCAGGGACGUCUGGAGUGGCUCAGGCAGCGCCUAAGAGCUCAGCUCUCCUCCGAGCUCGCCGCCGCUCUUCGCCAGGCGGACCCCCUCGCGGCCGCCCCUGGGAAGGGGGCCGGAACCGUAAACUCAAGGGCUCGCGUGCCGCCAAAAAUGUUGGCGGCAACCACCCGUCUCGUUGGGCUGCAAUUCGGUGGAUCGCCACGACCCAACCCACCGUCUCCGGUUGGUGGCAGCGUCGUGAGACGAGCUUCCGGCGGCAGCGGCGGGGCAGCGGGGAACGGGGACUCGGUGUGGGCGUUGGACGGUCUUCUUGAGCCGGUGGCGGUGCGCUUCCGCUUUCACUUUGAGGGGGAGAGGCCGACCAACAGAGUCGACCGGCCGGAAUGGUUCCUGUCUUUCCUCCUGCGAGCCUUGGAGGCAUACCGUCCGCUGCUGCUGCUGCUGGAGCUGCCGCGCCCGGCCGAAGGAGCGCCGGAGUUGGAGGCGAGAGAAGCUGGCUGGGGAGGGGGGAGCGUGGACCCGUUGGCCUACUUUGCGCGAGGGCUCGCUCUGCUGGCUAGGCGACGACUACGCGCCCAGCUGGGCGCGGUUGCCGCAGACGAGUCGCUCCUGUCCCACACCGUCGAGGAGGCGCUAGCUUUCGACCGAUGCCUGGACCGGGAGGCGGGGUACGCCGAGUGUCCCGCCAGGUUCCCUCGCCAGACGUGGCCGAGGUGCGUAGAGGUCUUCGCCCAGGGCGAGCAGCGUUUCGAGCGGUGGAUGGAGUCGGACGCCAAAGCCGCAAAGGCCAAGCUAGCGGAAGCCGUGGCGUCGCCGGGUGCCUGGAGAGCGGUCGAUUGGAAGGUGACAAGUUCGGUUGAUCACUGCGGCUUUGUUGUUGGUUUGUGGUUGACGGGAUGA